AUGGUUUCUCGUUCAUCUUUACGUUCCAAGAAGUCUUUUGCAACUUUAAGUUCGGCCGUAGUUGUUGCCGUUCUUUUGGCUUCAGCUACACAAAAUGUCAAUGCUGCUCCUGCAGGUUUACAAGAUGCAAUGGCAGCUUACAAUGCAGGUGUUCCAUCAGGUGAUCAAGGAUGGUACUCUUCCGCCGUUGCAUCCGAAAAAGCAAGUGCUUCCGUUACAUCAGCUGCUACUCCUUCCGCCAUUGUUCAACAAUUAGACGCUUCUCCUCUUCCAACAACAACAGCUUCUGUUGCUGCUGUUGCAAGUCAAGGUAUGGGUCAACAAUGGGCUCAAGCUGAAGGUGUUGCUGAACAAAUUGCAGAAUUUGAUCCUUCCGCUUCUGCAAGUGCUUCUGCUGAUGUUCAACAAUUAGACGCUUCUCCUCUUUCAACAACAGCCGCUGCUUCUACUGCUUCCGCUGCUGCAGGUCAAGGUAUGGGUGAACAAUGGGCUCAAGCUGAAGGUGUUGCUCAACAAAUUGCAGAGUUUGCUCCUGCUUCAGCUCAACAAACACCAGCCUCGUCUGAUUAUGUGACGGAUACAAAUGCAAAAGCUCCUGCUUUCCGUCGUCGCGAUGCUGUUUGGCGUCGUCAAGAUACAGCUGCUUCAAGUGCACAAGCAACAGACACUGCUGCUUCCUCUGCUCCUGCUGCAACUCAACCUGCCGCAACAAAUACUGCAGCUUCUUCUGCUGAUCCUGCUGCUACCAACACUGCUGCUACUUCAGCUGAUCCUGCUGCCACAAGCACUGCUGCUGAUGUAGCUGCCACAAGUACCGCAGCUACUUCAGCUGAUCCUGCUGCCACAAGCACUGCUGCUGAUGUAGCUGCCACAAGUACCGCUGCUUCUCCAGCUGAUCCUGCUGCUACAAACACCGCUGCUUCUGCUGCCGCUACCAACACCGCUGCUACUGUCUCCCCCGCUCAAAAUUCAGCAGCAGCAACAGACAGUGCUGCAUCUUCUGCUGCCCCUACUUCAAGUCCUGCGGCUACCAGUGAUGCUGCUCAAGCUACUGGCUCAAGUGCAGUCGCGGAUGUUGCAGCAAGUAGUUCUUCUGCUGCUUCUGCACCUGCUGCUACUACCACUGCCGCAAGUGCAGAUGCUAAUGUCGUCGCACAAAGUACAAGUGCACCAGCAGCAGCAAGUAGCUCAUCUGCUGCUUCAGUCGCAUCCACUGAAACUGCAUCUGUAAGCUCUGCUUCUUCUGCCAAUGUGGCAGCUGCAACGAGCGCAAGUGCAAGUACAAGUGCUUCUGAUGCUUUCCCAACCGUGGGAGCUGCUGAUGCUUCAUCUUCCUCUGCUGCCCCUGCAAGCUCAUCUUCGGCUGCUCAACAAGUUGCAAGUUCUUCAUCUGCCGUUCAAGAUGCAGCAGUCACAUCAAGCAGUGCAAGCGCUCAAUCGACCGCUUUCACUUUAGGUGCAACAGAUAUGGGACAAUCAACCGCCACAAUCGCUUCACCAACAUCCAACGCUGCAGCACCUACUCAAACUCAAUCUUCUGCAAGUUCAGCAUCCUCUUCAGUUUCGGCUGCUAACUUGAUUCCUUCUGCAUCUUCAAGUGUUUCACAAAGUGCAAGUACAACCGCACUUCCACCACCACAACGUUCCGUUGCUGUUAAUGCAACCGGUUCAACCGACGAUGAUGAAGAUGGAUGGUUGCCAAUGACAAUCAUGGUGCCUGAAGCAAUGUUUUCCGCAGUUUCAAAUUUAGAAGGAAACCGUGCAGUUGCAACAUCAACUUCAGCUGCUGCUGCUUCUCCAACCCCAACUUCAGCAAACGUUCAAAGUGCUGCAGCCACAACAACAAAUACCCCAACUUCAACCGAACAAGGUGAUCAACCUCCUUUGAUCAGCAGUGAUUGCAAUGAAGCAAAGAAAGCACGUAGAGCACUAAAAGCAGCAAAACGUUCAGUUCACAAAGCAAGUAAAGAAGCAGCAAUGGAACAACGCUCUGUCUGGCAAUGGAUGUCGAACAAGCUUGGCCGUCGUGAUAUGGACGAUUUCGAGACUCUUUACGAACGUGAAGACUGGUAA